UCUAUAAUCCAUAAUCUAUAGUAAACCUUGACAGUGCCCCUAUAGGGGAGCUUAUCGUCCUUGAGCAAACAACCGCGCUUUCUAUCCGCAUGCAAAAUUCAUAAAACAUCGUCGCUCUUUCAGGCAAUGAGAUUUUAAGCAUACAUUAGCACUGCUGCCUCGAUUAUAUUACGUUAUUCGAGAAAACAAACACUGCCAGAUAAUACGUCAGGGUUGUUUGUUUUUAUACUGUCAGUUGUACCAAAGGGAUUACGUUCAGUUAAAAUGUUAUAAACUUUCAGGCUGCAUUUGUUACUGUUUGCAGUGUAUCGAGUACAGCAGCAAAGUACUGGGUGACAGUGGUGAACUAGUGAUGCAAGCUGGUAGUGAACUUUCAGUUGAUGAGGCUCUGGAUUUGGAGGCUGAGAUUGCAGCGGAAUCUAACAGUGAGCAGUAUGAACAAAUUGAGCUUACAGAUGCACAGAAAAGUACUAUUGAGAGAAAUCGACAAAAAGCCCUUUUGCUGAAAAAGGCGAGGGCAUCAGCUCAUCCUUACAGCAAAAAUGAAAAGGGAUCACCAGAAAAGAAUACCAUCAAGGUCCAAGGAACCAGAUACAUAGACACUGGUGGUGGCUUCCUUUUGGAGGAAAAAGCUGCUGAAGAAAAUGCAAAACCAGUGGAACUGAAGGAAAAUGUUGGACCUGUCCAAAUUCCAUAUCGGCCAACAUGUGAGGAAUGUUCAAAUAUUUUUGAUGAUUCUUUUCUUUACCAGUCAUUUGAGUAUCCUGUCUGUGAUGGAUGCAGGGACAGAGAUGACAAGCAUUCUCUCAUUACUCGGACAGAUGCAAAAAAUGAAUACCUGCUGAAGGAUUGUGAUCUGGAUAUGAGAGAGCCCCCUCUGAAAUUCAUCAUGCGCAAGAAUCCUCAUAAUAUGCGAUGGGGUACAAUGAAGCUUUAUCUUCGACUUCAGAUUGAAAAAAGAGCCUUGGAGGUAUGGGGCUCUGAGGAGAAACUCGAGGAAGAAUUAGAAAAAAGGGAUGAGAAAAGAAGCAAAGCAAAGAUUAAAAAGUACAAUAAACAAGUCAAAGCCCUGCGCAUGGCUGUCCGCAGUAGCCUGUAUGAUCGGACUAAGUCAGCUACUCAUACCCAUGAGUUUGGUCCUGAAAAACCACUUCCUGAUCAGGGAGAAGACACAUACACUCGGAAAUGUACUACUUGUGGUUAUGAGGAAAUAUUUGAGAAAAUGUGAUCUUAAUUCUGUCUGCUUACAGAUGGGUGCACAAAGAGAUUUUAAAAUAUGUUUUACCUGCACCAAAUAUAGGAGUAUGCAGAUAUUUCAUAAUGAAAUUUGUAUUCUAUGAAAGCCAUUUAUGAUAUAUUGUCGAAAAUACUGUGUAUUAGAAAGAGGUGUCAUCUGUCAUUUUACAUCAUAGUAAGUAUCAUUCGAUGAAUUUGUACCAAUCAAUAAGUAACAACAAUCCGUGUGUGUGUGUGUGUGUGUGUGUGAGAGAGAGAGAGAGAGAGAGAGAGAGAGAGAGAGAGAGAGAGAGAGAGAGAGAGAGAGAUGGGGGGCGAGGGGGGGGGGGGCAGGCGGCAAUCUGAUUUCUGCAUUUCCUUUUGUACCUGGGGCACAGUAUUUUUAGAAAUAAAUUGUAGUUGUAAAUAUAGGCGUAUGAAAUAAGCAGCUAUGCUGGAUUGAAAUCCACCUUCUCGCAUAUAUCAACAUAAAAGAAAACUUUGUGUUGUUGAUACGAUAAAAUAUUUAUGUGUUAUGAAAGUCAUUGUAUAUCAAUUUUUUAUAUCUGAUACAAGAAUACUUGAAAUCAAGUUUUACAAUGUGUUUUAAAGAACUCCCAGGAAAUAUAGUAUCUGUAUUUUUACUUGCAAAUAUAAAUGUUUGUUUAAAAAAUGA